UUCUAUGCUACAAGUCCUGUGUUCAGGAAAACCACAAAUUGUAGUACUGAUCUAAGUUGAGGCAAGUAGGCUAUUUGGGCUGGCUGGAUGAUGACAAAGUAUAUGGGUAUGUGAAACAAUUAAACUCUCACUUGUCCGCUGAAAACGGGGUAGGUGAGGGGCCCGAGCACUGCUCUGUCCUGUCCUACACAGACCUUCUCAGACUUACACACACAAAUCCUCCAGAGCUGACGUCACCCAGCCUGUCUCCAAACCGGACGCGGUGCAGCAACAACUCUGUGGACUAGUUUUGGCGUUAGCUGUGCAUCUCCGGACGCAACAUCGCCCGUUCGCUCAACUUUCAACGGACUCCUCAUCUUCGGAAACAGUGGGCAACAAAAAUGGGUUGCUUCGAGUGCUGCAUCAAGUGUCUGGGCGGGGUACCGUACGCCUCCCUGGUGGCCACCAUCCUGUGCUUCUCCGGCGUGGCGCUGUUCUGCGGCUGCGGUCAUGUGGCCCUCACCGGCACCAUCACCAUAUUGGAAAACCACUUCUCAAAGAUCCCCGCCGACCACGCCAUGCUGACCGACGUAAUACAGCUGCUGCAAUACGUCAUCUAUGGCCUGGCCUCUUUCUUCUUCCUGUACGGGAUCAUCCUGCUGGCAGAGGGCUUCUACACCACCAGUGCCGUCAAGGAGCUGCACAGCGAGUUCAAGACCACCAUCUGUGGUCGCUGCAUUAGUGGGAUGUUUGUGUUUUUGACCUACGUCCUGGGCGUGGCCUGGCUGGGCGUGUUCGGGUUCUCCGCCGUGCCCGUCUUCCUGUUCUACAACAUGUGGUCCACCUGUGCCGCUAUGAGGUCUCCCACGGCCAACCUCACCGACCUGGACUCUAUCUGCGUGGACGUACGCCAGUACGGCAUCAUCCCAUGGAGCGCCACGCCGGGCAAGGCUUGUGGGUCUACCCUGGGAGACAUCUGUAAUACCAGCGAGUUCUACUUAUCCUACCACUUGUUCAUCGUAGCAUGUGCUGGAGCUGGGGCAACAGUCAUUGCUUUGAUCCACUUCCUCAUGAUUCUGUCAGCCAACUGGGCCUACCUAAAGGACGCCAGUCACAUGCAUGCCUACCAAGACAUCCGAAUGAAGGAGGAGCAGGAGCUUCACGACAUCACGUCCCGCUCAAAGGAAUGCCUCAAUUCAUACACAUAAGGAUUACGCCUUCAUAUCUCUAUGGCCCCACCCCCCCCCAGCCCCACCCACACACACAGGCACACACACACACACACACACACAGACACACACACAGCUGUUCCAGCACCCUACUGGACCAUGAGAAAACCCUGCUUCAAUAACAUGCUAGCCUGCCCUCACAGGCAACACUAACGCGGCUCCUAACAAAUGAUGGCAUCAAUGUCGCUUUUUGCAACUAACUGACAAGGGUGUGUGUGUGUGUGUGCGUGUGUGUGUGUGUGUAUGUCGGAACCUCCGUUAUAGUAUUUUGUAUUUUUCUUCUUUAUUUUUCUAAUUCACGAAAUAAUCUUUUUCUUUUUUUUAAAGAUUUCUUUUCUAACCAGUCUGCUGGUAAAGCUUGAAACAUUGCACUAUUCUAAGACAAGAGGGAAAAUAUAUACCUAAAUUUAUGCCAUUUAUGAAUAAGGAGUGCAGAAAGUUAAAGUGAAUAGAAUCUGUUCAUAAUCAAGGAUGUAGUUUUGAUUACAUUUCAUUGCCCAACAUGAAACGCCUUUCAAAAUCGCAUAUAUUAGAGUAAUGUGAUGUUACCAAAUUCACAACAGUUUGUCUUCCUGGCUUAUAAUGGAGAUUGUGAGAAAGACAAAGCUGAAGGCACAACAUUCUAUUGUACAACAAAAUAAGGAAUAUUUGAUAAACUGGCGAAUACAAAUUUAAAAUGCCAAAAAAGCAAAAGAGCAUAAUUGCCAAGUUAAACACACCAUACAACAGUUACCAAUUAGAAAAAUGUCCAUAGAAUUUUUAACAAAAACGUAUUCACUUGAACAACGCUGAAGUACAUUCUGGUAACAUUGGGGAUUCUUCUGCUGUUGGUGCUUUGUGCAUACAUUUUAAGGGAACCCAUCUCAGCAUCAUUCCAUUAAAACUGAGUUAGGGUUUAGAAAACGUGUCUCUUGCUUUUUCUUUUCCUCUUAUAUAGCUGAAAUUGCCUUUAAAUACUCUAGGUAUACAAUAUAUUCCGAUCCUAUAAUUACAGUUAAUAUGAUAUCGCAAACAUUCCAACUAAAAUAAAAAAUAUAUAUUACUAAUUCCGUAACAGAGAAUCUACCUCAGCUGUGUACCUCAGCAGGACUUACAGGUACACUGACUGUGUAUUGACAGGUAUUCAACUUGAGAUAACCACUUGCCCGUUUAACUUUCAUUAAGCAAAACCACACUUUGUGUCUUUAGUCGUUUUUGAAGGGAGAAUCCCUUACGUAGAACAAAAUAAAUAAAAAAAUACUUAGACUUUUUAUUCUGGCAAGAGGAUGAUGCCAGUAGGGAUUAUACUGUUAAAUUGACCAAAAUAUUUCACCUUAAUACAUCGCCAAAGUGUGACACCAUAGGUAAUAAUUUGUAUCAUAAAUGUUUUAAAUGCAGCAAUUUUCAUAUAUGGUUCAGAUAUAGGGUCUUGGGUCUUGGAUAGUUUGAAGUCUCCUCUUUUGGGUUGAGGGGCUUGUAGGGCUGUGGUAUAAAGGCUACAUGUUGUGUAGUGCACACAUUGUUUAAUGCUGAUUCCUACAACUACCUAUAUACAAACUGUUUAAUUCAUGGUUGAGAAAAACUGGUAACAAUCUGUAACAAAGUAAUAUUGUAUAUAAUGUGCUGUGCUUUGAUACCAGGACAAACCUUACGGUUUAGACAGGGCAGGAAGCUGGCUGAGUCUUACCCAUCUACAUUAAAGCUGUGCUAAUUCAGUCUUAACAGAUAUAGGGGGAAAAAAAACUAUAUCUGUACAAUGUAAAGAUGUUACAAGUCAGGAAUGUUUUGGAGUUGUUUUGAUCUUGUUUUUGUUUUGUAUUGAACCACUUAAAAAAAACAGGAAAAAAAAUACAUUUCUAAAACUUUUGAAUUGCAUUUCAGUAUUGUUUGUGACAUGCAAUUGUUACAAUUACUGACACUCUUUUUUCUGUUAGCUAGAUACACUUACAGGGAUCUUGCCGUUUGUUCAUUAUUGCAUGAAGGAAAAAAACUGUUUCUCCGGUGAUACAGGUUAUGUAGUCAUUUGUAUUGACAAUUAUGUUAUAGGCACUGUUUGCCUGUUUCCCUUCUUUUUCUAACAGAGAACAAAUAAGUCCAUUGUAUGACUUAACUGUCAUGUAGGUUUUUCCUAAUUCUUUUUCAUUCUAAAGUAUAUGAACCCCUUGUAGUAUUUUGUAAGUAACCCAAUAGUAUACCUUAUAUUUUCUACCAGUGUCAAGGGCUUCCUUGUGAAUUUAUUUCAGGAGAUACUCACGAGUAAUCAUGAAUAUUAUGAAUCAAUCAUCAACGUACUAUUGUAAAUUUGACCUUCAAUGGGACACGGUUCAGCCUAAGUUCAUAAACCACCAUGUCUGGACUGACACUUUGUUUUGUAAAUUAAGUGAUUUCAGAAAUUGUAGAUGCAGGAAUAUGAUUUUGAUGUGAAGUGAAUGACAACGUGUCUCUUCAUACAGUGCUUCCUGUGUUUGAAGUACCAAAAAAAAAAAUAUAUAGUAAUCAAAAUGGCUUCUUAUCAAUCACCAGGAGGACACCAAUCCAGCAUCCUGUCAAACUGGAAACCCCUCUGACAUUUCUCUCUCAACCAGCUUGUCCACAGUUUUUAUGAAAAUAAAAGUUACAAAAAUU